UUACAUAAAAAAAUUUUUUUUAUUCUGCUUAUAUAUUAGACAGAGCUCAUCUGAAAUACUCAAGUAAAUUGACAAAAAAUCUAAAGAAAUAAUACUUAUAUUAGAAGAGUAAAAACCGAUAAAAAUGAAUGAAUUAAAUAGAAGUAAUGAUAGUGCAACUCAGGGAAAUCGAACACCACCUGAGAUUGAUAUCCACGAAAGUUCUGAGUCAUUGAUAAUAUUUAUGGAUAACUUGAAAAAAAACAUCAAUGUAUUUCGUCAAGAUUUCAAAAAAACCUUUGAUGCCUACAUAAACCGACUCACUAUAUUGUUAAAUCAACCGCCUGCUCAAACACAGCCGACAAUAAAUUUAAGAUCUACGAAUAGUUUCAGUAAUGAAAAUAUUAAAAAAGUACGUUAUGCAUCAUUUCGUAAAGCUAAUGAAAUUUAUAAACGUGUUAUGAAUGUAUUGAAUAAUUUCAUGAAUACAUUCACCCAAGAUUACGCUGAAACGUUGGACAUUGCUAUUGAAUUGAGUACUUACAAACAAUCCUACGAUAAUUUCAAGAAACGCAACAAAAAUUACGAUGAUUUGGAACCACACGAAAUGUAUGCCCGUAAUCAAAUCAUAAAGAGUAUUAUUGACAAUUACAACAAGUUAGCUAUUACUUACAACGAAAGAAUACGACGUUUUGAAGGAUUAAAAGGCAACAUUCUUAAUCGUUCACUUGUUUAUACAACGUCUACGGGUAAACGUUUCGCCGUUUCAAUUAGCGAUGAAUUGGAUCAAUUUAAAGAGAUCGUCGAAUCCGAUCCAGUAUCAAAAAAACGUUCUUCUCUUGUUGCUUCACUAGGUGAUCAAUUGAAUCACGAUUUACGACAUUCUGUUAAUAGUUCAAGAUUAAUGGAAAUAACACCAAUGAGAAGAGUGUAUGGAAACAUUUCACCUGCGCAAGAUGAACCUCUGGAAAUGAAUGCUCAAGAUCAAGAUCAAAUUUAUGGAAGAUCGUCACUAAGCAGACGACAUAAAGAUGUAAAUUUGAAUGCUAUUCUAAAUCAAAAUUUAGCAAGCAGAAGACGCGUGAGAACAGUGAAUAUUGAACCAAAACCACGACCAAAACGUAAACAAUCAGUGAUUAAUAAAAAGACUAAGUCUAAAAUAGUUAAAAAAGUAUCUCAACCUCAGAAAAGUAAAGAUCAAGAUAAAAACAAGUCAAAACCGCGACAAAGUGAAUCAUCCGAUGAAGAAACAGAUACAGCAGACGAAGAAAUGGAUGUAGAAGACGAAAGAACAAAUAGAGAAGAUAAAGAAAAAGAUAAAAACAAGUCAAAACAGCGACAAAGUGAAUCAUCCGAUGAAGAAACAGAUACAGCAGACGAAGAAAUGGAUGUAGAAGACGAAAGAACAAAUCGAGAAGAUAAAGAAAAAGAUAAAGAAGAUGAAACAGCAGAUAAAGGAGACGAAGGAACAAAUAGAGAAGAUGAAGAAAAAGAUAAAGAAGAUGAAACAGCAAAUAAAGGAGACGAAGGAACAAAUAGAGAAGAUGAAGAAAAAGAUAAAGAAGAUGAAACAGCAGAUAGAGAAGACGAAGAAACAGAUAGAGAAGAUGAAGAAAAAGAUACAGAAGAUGAAACAACAGAUGAAGAAGACGAAGAAACAGAUAGAGAAGAUGAAGAAAAAGAUAAAGAAAAUGAAACAACAGAUGAAGAAGAAGAAAAUAGGAGUCGUAAAAAAGGUAAAGGCGUUAAAAGUCGAAAAAUUAAAAAGAAGCUGUCAAAAAAAGUUCGAAAAUCACCUACCUAUGAGGAUUUAAAUGAUCCUUCAUUUUAUAUGAAGAAAGUAGGCAGAACUUGGAAAAUGCAGUGCGAGCAAAACGCUGAAAAAACAUCUCCAGAUGAAGACAAUGACUUAAAUUCGUUAAUUACCGAUUUACUGGGACAAAAUCUUGAAAUGGUAGUAGAACAUGUGAAAAUAAUGAACCAGCAGAAUUAUAAAAAAGCAGAUGAUAUAGUUCAAAAAGUAUCUAAAGAGUUACAGACAAUAAAGGACGUUGAUGAUGUUGUGGUUAAUGAUGAAGAGGACAAUGAUAGUGAAUACUUAAAAACUCUGCAAAACGAUCCUGAUUAUGCAAAACAACCAACGAAGUUUGAGAAAAUAAUGAAAAAUCUUAAAUUUAGAGCAAGAAAAUAUGAAGAAGCGAUCAAAGACUUGAAAAGUCACUGUUUAGAUAGGAACAUUAUUUCCGAACACAUGAACAUAGUAAAUAUGAUCAAUGAACAUUACAACUUGACAGAAGUUGAUAAGAAAUUACUGAGAAAAUUAUGCGUUAGAUUGCCAGAAAGAUAUAAGGAUUUAUGUAAAAAAUUGGCGAAAGUCGUGCGCCGCAUAAAUCUAAAUGAUAAUCCGUGGUGUGUCCCAAAAUAUCGUAUUUACAAUUUACAUGAAAAAGGGCAAGAAUAUUUGGAAACCCAAAAAUCAUUAGAACUAAAUAUAUUCAAUAUAGGAUUUUUAAUAAAAAAUAUUACUAAUAAAUUAUGUAACCCGUCUCCGGAAUCAACUAAAUCGACAUCUCAGUUUCUUUCGCAAGAUGAAAUAUUAAAAAGCAUUGAUGAGUUUAAUAAAAUAAUAAAUGAUAAAAUUUCGGAAUGCAGUGAUGAAUUAAACAAAACUAAGGAAAAUAUAAAAGCUGAAGAAGAUAACAAGAUACGUGAGGAAGGAUUACGCAAACAAAAAGGAAAUAAGAGUGUAGUAUCAAAAAAGAAAACGACCACCGGUAAAACAGCAACAAAGAAAACGACCACCCGUAAAGGAAAGAAAAAAAUUGAUACUAAUUCAAAUGCUGGUACUAGUUCUGAUCCUGGUACUAGUUCUAAUGCUGGUACUAGUUCUAUUGCGGGUACUAGUUCUAAUGCAGGUACUAGUUCUAAUGCGGGUACUAGUUCUGAUGCUGGUACUAGUUCUGAUGCUGGUACUAGUUCUAAUGCAGGUACUAGUUCUGAUGCUGCUAGUAAUAUUUCUGAUGCUGCUACUAAUAUUUCUGAUGCUGCUACUAAUAUUUCUGAUGCUGCUACUAAUAUUUCUGAUGCUGCUGCUACUCCUGAUACUGGUACUGGUAAUUUGAAUGAUGGAGCUAGUAGUUCUAGUACUGGAACUGAUACUACUGUUGUUCCAAAAACUACUCCUGUUAAAAAAGUAACAAAACCAAAAGAUACUUCUGGUUCAAAAGCUGGAACAAGUAGUUCCACGGACGCUAGUAGUUCUAAUACUGGAACUGAUAUUGCUGGUGUUCCAAAAACAAUUCCUACUAAUAAAAAGAGAAAGCAAAAUGACCCUGAUGAUUCAGACAAUGAAACAGGUAGUUCUGAUGCGGGUCCCAGAAAAAUUAAACCUAGAGAUGUUACAACAAUGCGUUCUCGAAGACAAGCGGCAAACUAUGGCGACUUUAAAUGUUCAGAUCAUCUGCUCGAUGACAACUUUAUUAAUAGGAUAAUAAAGGACAGAGAAGAGUUACGGAAAAGUGAUGAUGAACAAGAUGAAGACGAUGCUGGCGGAGAAGGAUAUUGUAAGUCAGAAUCCAGAAACUUGUGGUAUAAAUUAGAAAGUUCAAAGGAUGCGAUGAUAGCAGACGAUGAAUUUAUAGAAAAAUUGAAACCGUUACUCGAUGAACUAUUGACAGAUACUUGUGAUGCCAAACGAUUGAUAAUGGAAAUGGAAGUGAAAUCAUUAAAGAUACAGAAAGAAUUAAUAAGUUCGAAGGUUCCAAUACCACUGAUUCCUAUACUGAAUGAGAAUUUUGAUAAGAAUACUGAUAAAUACAAGAAACAUUUGGAUUAUUUAUAUAUGCUAGUGUUGAAAUUUGAAAUUCAAAUUAGGUGGUUUGAACAUAAUCUUGAUAAACUACAAUCAAUUUAUGAGGAUAAAAUGGCUCGUAAUAGCCAGGGAAAGUACAAUAAAGAGAAAAAAGAAAUUAAUGAGUGUACUAAAACUAUUGAAGGAUUGAACGGAUGUUUUAAAGAAAUCGUUGAAAAAAUAAAUGAAGUGAAAAAUAAUUAAACUCGUCAAUAAACAUACACUUGAAAAUUAUAUUGUCUUAUAACUAUUGAAUAAUUGAUGCAUUUAAUU